AUGGCAUCUGGAUCUGCCCAGCUCAUCCUUCCACGUCCUGGAGCGGAACCCCAAGCUCCAAGCUCCCCAAUUCCCGGACCCACCGAGGCAAUUUUCACAAACACCUUUGGGACACUGCUGCCACCAGCGCAGUUCUUCACCACAUCCACAGGCAAAGCCGCGUACUACGAACUGCCACCGACCUCAAAGAGCCCGUCCAAGUCGCCAGACCGCGUCGUCUUCCUACAUGGCGUGCAGACGCCCGCUCUAGGCAUGCUGCCUCUUGCUAGGGCGCUGCACUCGGCAUUCCCACAGGCACAUUGCGUCUUGAUGGACUGGUGGGGCCACGGGCUGAGUGAGACCCCAGUGGUAGCUCACGAAAACAAGCUGUUUCACGCCCAGGUAAAUGCCCUUUUGGAUCAUCUGGGCUGGCCGUCUGCGCACUUCGUGUCCUACUCAUUCGGGUGCUCUACGACGAUAUCGUACGUUGCGGCUGGACACGGCCGUGUCAAGAGCAUGGCGCUCGUGGCUCCUGCCGGGCUUCUGCGCUCGAAUGACUGGACCGAUUUGCAACGCCAGUAUCUCAAGGGCGGGAAUGGUAUCGAAGAUGAUGCACGCAGGUGGAUUCUGGAGUUCCUGGAGGGCGGAGAGCUCGUUGUACCGACGGACUGGAAAGAGCGUGUGUCUCGGGGCGAGGUAGUGGCUGAGGCUAUUCGACAGUGGCAGAUGCAAAACCACUCGGGCCAUACGGCUUCUGUUGUUGGCAUCUUCAGAGAUGGAGGUGUCUUCGACCAACAUUCCGAUUUUGCAAAGGCAGCUGCAACUGGGAUCGAAACACUGUUUGUGCUCGGCGAGCUCGACGAUCUGUGCUCCAAGGCAGAUCUCGUACAGGCUGGAUUCAACAAUAUCACAGUAGUCCCGGGGGCUGGCCACGCAGUAGUUAGAGAUAAGGUGUCUGGAGUCGCUGUUUUCAUUGAUGACUUCUGGAGGAACACAGUAUGA